GACAUAUUGGCCGGGACGAUGGCAUUCUUCGAGGAAUGGGAUGACGAUGACCGAAUGGAGGCGCUGUUCAGCUCCAGCGCGAUCUUUGACGCCAAGAUGUUGCACGCAUGGAAACCUGCCGUGCUGUGGACGUUGCGUGGACGAGCGACAGACAACUCGAAGAACUCGGCACUGACACCGUCCUUGCUCAUUUUUCCUGAGUCUCUUGCACGUCGCUUUGUCAGAAAAGGCGUCGAGCCCGUCCCCGUCGUACUCAAUCAUGUGCUCUCACACAUGAUUCAAGACAAAGAUUUAAUUCAUCUGGAGGAAUUUCAGGCCAUGUGUGAGCAGGUGUCGUUGCCAAGGUGGUUGUUUCGAACUGCUGUUGUGACUCCAGCGCGAUGGGGUCUCCAUUCGCUACACUCUCUGUGGAACGAUGAGUCGUCUACUUCCUCGGCUGCCCGCAGGAUUCCUCCAGGACCGUAUUUGCCGAUGGAAGUUUUGAAGACCAUCGCACAUGCCAUUGUCGAUUUUGUCAUGUCGGAACUGGAACCGACAGAGCGGACGUUUUGCUUGAGCCAGAACGACCAUGCGACGUGUGGUCCGCGAUUGAGCUGUUCGUUCCACGCACUUUGUCUUCGUGUGGGUGCCUCUAUCUCCGACGAGAUGGCAAUCCCGUCGAUUCUGAAGGACCUCGCGCCGACAGAAUUUGCGUGGAUUGCCAAGUAUUUAGCAUGGUCCAAGCAGGCUGUAAUCCGCGGCGAUCUACUAAAAAUCCACCGAGGGCAAAGCCCCGCGUUGGUGACUGCAGGGGACGAGAGUUUGCUGGUGCUGCAGCAUAUGAUCGCGACGUUAGAGGUUUCGAUGGCCAAGCUACAAGCAAAGAUGGACGAGACGAAAGCCAAAGCCGUGGCGCGGAAACGGGCCAACAACUUGACCGACGCGCUGGUGUAUUUGCGCCACAGUAAAACUCUCGGCGACAGCCUGGCGCAACGGCAAGCAGGGCUAUUGAAUUUGCUUCAGACAGAGCAUCAACUUCGAGACAUGCAUGUUCAAGCCCUGGUCGUCGACGGGUACAAGGUUGCUUCUGCGAGCAUGCACCAUGUCCGGGACUCGCUCGGUCUGACCGCGAACGCGGUCGACGACGCAGUCGCCGAGUGGCAAAUCGUGGCAGAUGAAGCAUCGCAGAUCGAUGUCUUGCUCUCGUCCACAGCGCCUGGCGUCGCGUUCGACGACGAUGCCCUGGCGGCCGAGUUGGAGGCACUCAGCAACGUCGCUCCCGAGACGACUGCAUCGAAUGUUGCCGACUCCGUUGCAGAGGAAGCUAUUCAUCUACCAAAACCUGCCCAAUCCCCCGUGCAUGAUGGUGGCGUCCACGCCCUUGCAACGCGAGUGGCACAGUUGAAUAUGUCUAAAUGAUCCAUUGAUGACGGUGUGGUUGGAUGGCCACUCCUACUCUGGCUACCGGGUUGCUGCUCCUUAUGCGAUUUCAAUCUUGGUGCCGCGCCGAAUCUCGCCCCACCCAAUCAGUCGCCAAUGCUUGUCAAUUCGGCGACUCAACGCAAUCUUUUCGCCUUCUUGUGUACACACGGGCUGCGUCAGGACAAUCUUGGCCAAAUCUGCCCUCACGGCAUGAAUCUUGGCGCCACUCGUGGUCGACCCAAUGUUAAUCAUGAGGACUUCGGCCUUGGUGAGCUUCUCGACGCGCGACCCCUUCGACCCUUCCGUCGUUUUGACACCGAGGAGACGCCGAAGGAGGUAAAAGUUGAUUUCGAGCUCUGUAAACACGUCAGGCAGGCUGCCCUUCAACCCCAACACUUGGCCGACCAACCGAUCCGACCGCGUCAGGGUUGGGUCGAUCAGCGUGCCGACACCAAUGAGCCCACCGGGCACGGCGUACUGCAAGUCGUUCUUUUCGGCCUUCAACGACACGAUGCGGCUGAAAAUGGGCGUGCAGUUGACCUUGCCAUCGUCGUCCUUGGAGAAAAUACCUGGUCGCACUUCAAUUUCGUCACCGAGACGGAGCACCCCUUGCAGGAUCGAACCACCAGCAACUCCGCCUUCCAACGACUCGACGUCCUGUCCUGGUUUGUUGACGUCGAACGAACGAAUAACAAUCAGCUUGGGCUUGCUCGUAAAGUCACGAAGCGGAAUCGGGAUGUUUCGGACAAUGUGUUCGCACACCAAGUCGAUGUUAUACUUGAGCACGGCGGAAAUCGGGAUGAUCGGAGCGUUGGCAGCAACCGUCCCCGCGACAAACUGCUUCACUUGCUCGUGCUGCGCUUUCGCCGCAUCCGGCUUGAUCAAGUCGACCUUGUUCUGGAGAAUAAUGAUGUUUUGCAAGCGCAUGAUUUCGACGGCAGCCAAGUGUUCCGACGUUUGGGGCUGCGGGCACACUUCGUUACCUGCAAUCAGCAACAACGCGGCGUCCAUGACAGCAGCACCGUUCAACAUCGUCGCCAUGAGAAUAUCGUGACCGGGACAAUCCACAAAACUGACGUGGCGCUGGAGAGCCCACGUCACACCCUUGUCGUCGGUAAAUCUGUCGGGUUUAGAACUGCCAAAUGCAGAGUACAUGGGGCCAGCGGGGGCCGCCGGGGCUGCAGCGACGUCAUCCGACGCAGCAACCUUCGGUGCUUGUGGUUCCGAUCGGUAGAUCUUGGCAUUGGCAUACCCAAGCUUGAUCGUAAUGUUACGUUCCAAUUCGUUCUUGAAUCGAACGGUUUGAACACCCGAAAUUGCUUUCACGACCGUGGAUUUACCGUGGGCGACAUGACCGAUCGUCCCAAUGUUGAUGGUCGCUUGACGAGAGAUCACGUCAGGCGUCAGUGGAGUCAACGUCUUCACGUCUAGCGUGGUCAAGUCCUGCACAGCGAGGGCGGCCUGUGUGGUCGUCGUCAUGAUGGCGGCGCCGCUGAAGAUCAAGUUCUGACAGCCCCACCUCAACCACUGAA